AUUUUUCUAAUGCUUUUAUCACAAAUCGACUGAAUCAAUUGAUAUGAUCCGCUGUGAACCAUAAUCUGCAACGUUAUGCAAAUGAUUUGGCAAAAAUAUAAAAACUGCAGUUACAAGUAAAAAUUUAUUUAGUUGGUUAAAAUAAUCCCAAAAUGUUACCUCUUCUGGCAUUACUUGUUUUUUCACUCUUAUCAAAAAAUUCAGCAGAGCAGUGGUUGAUGAAUUACAAGUAUGACACUGAUUCUGCAGAAGAGGGAAACAUGAAUAAUUUCAAAAUUGAUGAUUAUAAUAAUUAUGAUUUUGAUGAUUAUGAGAGCGAUUGGAAUCCGGAGAAUACUGAUUCCUUAGAAAUUCGAGAGAUACUAAAAGGAUACACGAGGACGAAUAAGCAAGGUUGUUCAGAAGAAAUAUCAGAAUUGCACGAUGUUCCUCUAAGAUCCAAUAGGCAUUCAAUAUAUGACGACAUAUAUCCAAAAAAAUACCGCAAUAUAACUUGUGUACCCGCUCAUGAAAAAUCUAACAUGGUGGUGUAUCCUCUUUGCCAUAUGUAUAAUCCAAGGUGUGAAACAGAACAUCGUGAAGUUCGUAUUUUCAAAAAAUAUCCAGGAAAAUCUUGUUGGAAACACAUAGACACCUUUUAUAGGCAAAAUGGAUGCAGAUGUUUUUAGAUUUGGCCCAAUGAAAAAAAUAAAACAAACUAACUAAGAAAUGUAUAUAGGACUGGAUUUUCUUAAUAUUUUUAACACAUUCAAAUUUGUAUGAGUAAAUAAACCUUACUG